ACAACUGGUCUAGAGUGUUGCGUAUGUGUUUUUACAUAGUUUAUUCAAGUCAUAAUGGUCAAUGUUGGCUGUGCAAUAAGAACUAGCACACGCUACUUUAAAAAUAGGUUGCUUUAUGGAGAGACUAAAAAGGUGAGAGCGCUUUACUGUACUGGAAUAUUUCUGACUGUAAUUGAAGGCAUCACGGAGUGACGCAUGGGGAGGCGUGGCUUACUUCAGUCGCCGGACUCGCGACAGUGGAGAUCGUGCUGGCUUGUUAUGGAAAUCUCUGGAAGUUUCCACACGGUUUAUAUUGACACGGUCUCGGGCGUGUCGCUGAAUUGAGACAGCACGUUGGACGAGGGAAGGGAACGUUUGCAUCUAAACGAGUGACAGGCUGACGGCCGAGAGGGGAAGAAUGGGGAAAGACUACUACGACAUUUUGGGGAUUAAGAAAGACGCUUCUGAGGACGACAUCAAGAAAGCUUAUCGUAAGCAAGCUCUACGUUACCACCCCGACAAGAACAAGUCACCGGGAGCUGAAGAUAAAUUUAAGGAAAUCGCCGAAGCUUACGAUGUCCUGAGUGACCCAAAGAAAAAGGACAUUUACGAUCGCUUUGGGGAAGAAGGUCUGAAAGGAGGUGGACCCGCAGGUGGUGGUGGUGGUGGUGGUGGCCCAGGCAAUUUCAGCUACACCUUCCAAGGGGACCCCCAUGUCAUCUUUUCAGAGUUUUUUGGAGGACGAAAUCCAUUUGAGCAAUUCUUUGGUGGGCGCAAUGGCGGCAUGGAUGAGGAUAUGGACACUGACGAUGCUUUUGCACGGUUUGGAAUGGGUGGUGGCGGCGGCUUCCCCCGCUCCUUCAGCUCCAAUAUGGGAGGGUUUGGCGGUCACAGUAGUGUUGUGAAGAAACAACAAGACCCCCCUGUGGUUCAUUCGCUGCGAGUGUCCUUGGAAGAAGUGCUGUCUGGUUGCAUGAAAAAAAUGAAGAUCUCUCGCAAAAGGCUGAAUCCCGACGGGCGAACGCUGAGGAAAGAGGAAAAAAUCCUCGAGGUGCAGAUAAAGAAGGGAUGGAAGGAAGGAACUAAAAUCACGUUUCCCAAAGAGGGGGAUGAAACCCCGACAAACAUUCCCGCAGAUGUGGUCUUCGUGCUCAAGGACAAACCGCAUGCUGUGUUCAAGCGUGACAACUCAGACAUUGUUUACACAGCCAAGAUCUCACUCAGAGAUGCCUUAUGUGGCUGCACAGUCAACGCGCCUACGCUGGAAGGCCGAGUCGUCACAGUGACGUCAACUGAUGUGGUGCAGCCCGGGAUGAAGAGGCGCAUCAGCGGUGAGGGGCUGCCGUAUCCCAAGCGCCCCGAUCGUAGAGGUGACCUGAUAGUAGAAUAUGAGGUUAAGUUCCCCGAGCGGCUCAGUCAAAGUGCUCGGGACACCAUCGCCCAAGUUCUGCCUCGGUCAUAAAGAUGCCAAACUGGACUCUAGCAAA